GUAUUGUUAAUUAUCUCCCCUUAUUGUAUUCUUUUUCGUCUUGUCUGGAAUUGAAGAGGAACGGCGAUCAAACAUGUCUAAAGAAGCUUCAUCGGAGAAUGUCCUUGGUCUCAAGUUUGACCAGUGUGUCUCUGAUCUUAUGAUCAAAACAGCAACUGGUCUAGGAUUGGGAAUUAUUUUUUCUGUGACAUUGUUUAAGCGUCGCCCAUGGCCUGUGGCUUUUGGAAUUGGUGCUGGUCUUGGAAUGGCUUAUUCUAACUGCCAAAACGAAUUCAAACAUCCUCUACAGGCUCCCGGCCGUUAUGUGAAGGUUGAGAGAAAAGAAUCGACGUAGCAAGAUUAUACUUAUAGAUAUAUUGGCAUGUAUGCAUUGACUGGUUGACAGGAGUACAAUGAAAUGGCUGUUACCUAGACUCAGGUGUCUUCUGUGCUACAGCUGAGGACCAUCUCAACUGAUGUGAAAAUCCCUUACAGUACAAUUGACUAUUUAUUUCGUAGUCUCUCCCUCUUUCUCUCUCUCUCUCUUUCUCUUUCUCGGUCAUCUUCAAUGAUACAUUUUGUACCGUAAUCUUGUUACAAAAUCAAAAAAUUUAAAAAACAAAAUAUAAAAC